AUGCCGGGAAGAAAAUGGAAGAGAAGCGAAAUAGCAUGGGCAGCAGUGGGUUUGUUUCUAUGGAGCUUAAAACUAGCGGAAGGGGUUAGAUUCGUGAUAGACAAAGAAGAAUGUCUAUCCCAUGAUGUCAAGUACGAAGGAGACACUGUUUAUGGCUCUUUCGUUGUAAUUAAGGCCGAGGCACCUUGGCAUUUUAGCGACGAAGGCGUCGAUCUUGUGGUAAAGGGACCAGAAGGGGACCUGAUUCAUGAUUUUCGUAACAAAAUAAGCGAAAAAUUCGAUUUUGUUGUCCACAAGAAAGGGGUAUACCGCUUCUGCUUUGUUAACAAAUCUCCAUAUCAUGAAACCAUUGAUUUUGAUUUACAAGUUGGGCAUUUUACGUACAGACAUCAGCAUGCAAAAGAAGAGCAUUUUGGUCCUUUGAUGGAGCAGAUAACAAAGUUGGAGGAAGCUCUUUACAACAUCCAAUUCGAACAGCAUUGGAUUGAGGCUCAGACUGAUCGACAGGCAAUAGUGAAUGAUAGCUUGGGGCGACGAGCACUUCACAAGGCAAUGUUCGAAUCAGUUGCACUUAUAGCGGCAAGCAUCCUUCAAGUUUUCCUUCUGAAACGCAUGUUUGAACGAAAACUUGGAACAUCCAGAGUCUAAUUAAAACCCUCUAUUACCCCAACUCUUUGCUUUCCGAUGGUACUUUGUUCAUUCUUUUGCACUGCAAGCACCAAUUGUAUCGUAUCUGUCCUUUAACCACCACUUGUUUU